AUGUUGACUAGAAGACGUGAAGAAAAUUCAGAUCAAGUUGCCGGGCUUAGUUCCCCCAAACGGAUUCGUGUGGGCGAAUCAGAUCAUGAGGCCCAAUUUUCCCCCGUCUAUUUCUCACACCCUUCCCCUUCACAUACAUAUCCGAUUUCAUCUAUAACACCAGUUAGGUCGAUCACGUCGCAAUCCGGGGUUGUUAAAGAAUCUAAUGGGAGUCCUCAUAUAGAAUCUGCCGACAAUUCAGACGAAGAUGUAACUGGAAAACAGC